CCGAACCGUUAACAUCCCUACUGAUCAGUGAUCACAUUUGAUUCUCAAACUAAAACGUAAUUAAUUCCGAUUGGAUGGUUAAAAUCACAAAUUUGAUCGACUGGCUUCAUUGGAAAAAAAAGAAACAAUGCAUUUUCGUAUUUUAAGUCAAGCAAGAGUUCGUCGCGACAUAAAAACUCGCGAAACAGUUGCAGCCACUGAAUUAAUUCGACAAGCUUAUCGAUUUAUUACACGUAACGAACAGGUUCACCCAAGAAUUAGGCAACAUGCUCAACUUAUGCUAAAUUCUUUCCCUCGUCAUGCACGACCUUCAACAAUCAGAAACCGUUGUACUGAAACUGGUCGAGCUCGUGGUAUCUUUCGAGAUUCAAGACUUUGCCGGUAUCAAUUUAGAUUGAAAGCUUUAAAUGGAGAGAUACCUGGAGUCAAAAAAGCCGUUUGGUGAAGGAUUAAAGAAUGUUUGUCAUCAUUGGAGAAAAAUACAAAUUUAGUAAUCCACAUGAAAUAUCAUUCGAUAUUUACAUAUUUUAAAUUAAAAUAUAGAAAAUAUGUUAAGCAAUAAGUGUCUUCAUUUAUUAUUAUAUAAGUAUUUGACAAAUCACUAUUAUUAUUGUAACAAAUAUGUUGAAUGACUAUUCUUAAUAUUAAAAACGGUUCAUUUAUCCAGUCCUGAGCAAUAUUUUAGAAUCCUGCAAUCGCAUGUCGCCCAAACCUUAGAAUUACCAACACAGUUCGCUAAAUAUGAACAUACACUUAUGUUCUUAAUAUUUCCUAAAAUGUAAAAAUUCGGAAAGAAAACUUAUUAUGAAAUCUGUAGUGAUGUAAUAUGCCAGCAUUUUUUUUUCAUUUUAGACAAAGUACCGAUCAGCAAAACGAAUUGUGUUCUUUGUUAAACGAUAACACAAAGAAAUAAGAGUCA